AUGCUGGGAAAAUCCCCUCCUGAAGCUAUCCCUCUGCAAGAGCAGUUUGAUAAGCCGCUAGAGGGUAUUACUGAGACAAAAUUCGAAUCUGAAAUGAAAGCCCAAGCGAAAAUGGAGCAAUUAGAACAAGAUUUGAGUGCAAAAGAUGAUUGGACACGUCGUUCAACAGCAAUUCUUGAAGCAAUGAGUGUUCUCAAAGGCGGUAUUGCGAGUUUUGGUAUUGAUUUUUCCAAUUUGUCAACAGGAAUUGCUUCAUGUGUUUAUGAUUUACGAUCAACACUAGUUAAAAACGGAUCCCUACUUAUUGCAGCCUGCGCACAGAUAUUAGGUGCAUCUUAUAUUACUUCAACCGAUGUAGUUUUGCCUGCUUUAUCUAAACAACUCACACAUGGCACUGCAAUCAUCAGUGACUCAGUACACUUAGCAAUUCUUCAAAUAGCAAAGCAUGUGCAAAACAGAAAAGUCGUCAGAGCUAUGCAAACUCUCGCAAAUUCAAAAUCUUCAAUACAACGCGAAGUCGCAGCAGAAGCAUUUCAUUUAAUCGUUACAAAUUGGUCAUCUACAGUCAUUGCCAAGAAUACACAAGACAUUCGUGACUCAUUAAACAAAUUAUCAAAUGAUGCGUCCCAAAAUACGAGAAAAGCAGCCAGAGCGGCCUUAGAAUGUUUCAGCGAAGACGAAGCAACACGCCGCACAUCAACUCCUACCGUAAAUAUCAAAUCUAUGUCCGCUCCUUUAUCAUAUGUUCCAUCACCACCAACAAAAGAGAAAACAGCGAAGACAUCGCUCGGAAAAGCUGCGGAUUCAACAGAUUCACUCAUUUCGCAGCCUAAAACUGCAAGGGAAGUCAAUAGAACACCUACAACAAUAAGAAAGAAAAUUGCGAAAACUCCGACGGUUUCUAGGACCAAGGAACCGUUAGACGAUGGCUAUCGAUCGAAAUUUUCGGCCGAAACAUCGUUUGUUCCUGAAAAUUCGCCUGUUCCUGGAAGAGACAACAUUAGAGAGAGUUUCGACUUCAAGAAGGACAUUUCGGAGGUAAUGCCGCCUACUACGAUGAUAACCACGAAGCAGUUCUUAAGAAUUCUGACCAAAAUAAUCGAUGAAAAUAAUUGGGACGAUAUUAAUGGUCUGGAGAUGCUUUUGCCACCUAGUAUUAUAGCCGCUACACAGUUUAUGCCCAAUAUAGCGGACUGGAAGUCGUUUUUGAAGGUAUUUUAUCGUAGAUUUAAAGAUGAUUUCAAAGAUGACACGAGAUCCCUCAUUGAAGCGUUCCAUUUCGAUAAGUGGCUGGUUGGUUUGGUAUUAACAACUUACGGACAGGACUUUCUGUUUGAAAUUUUCUCAGAUAUAACUCAAUCUACCUUUGAUUUCUAUAAUACAUUGCUAAAGUUAUAUCCUGAUCUUGAACUUAGCAGUAAUAAUAUCGAAACUAUCAAAAAACUUGUCAAAAACUUCGAAAUUACUGAUGAUACAACUUAUCUCCAAAAAUUUAUUCCAUCAGAAAAAGUGACGCCCGUUGAAGAAAAAAUUUCUCCUGUUUUAAGCGACAGAUCAUUUACGAAGAGUCCCAGAUCGCCCAAUGCUGCCAAAUCUGUCGUAAAUAACGCAAUCAAUGCUAUUUAUAACGGAGAAAACGGAAACCAGCAACUUUCAGAAAUUAUUAAGUUAUUCAAGCAUAAUCGUGACUUAAUUGCAGAGAUUAAUAAGCACCUGAAUGAUAAAUUACCUUCUCUCCUUGAAUCAGACAGCAAAGAAACAGUUGUCAAUACAUUAACUUUCAUUAUAAAUUUAAUGAACGAAAGUUCCGAAUUUUUCCUUCCUGAGGCUCUAGAAGACAUCAUUUCUCUCGUGUGCACCCAAAGCAGAACAGUUUCUUCAAGAGCUUACGCUGCAUUAACUGCAAUUUCUGUAAAUCAAGAACUACUUCUUAAAAUGGUCAGUUCUAUACCAGAAAUGAAUGGAAACCAAGAAGGAAUCCUUGUCGCACUGCAAAUGGCCCUUGAAUGCUUCGGAGAUAUGGAAAGUGAUUCAUUAUUACUUUACAUCGACGUAGUUCCUAGUGUAAUCGACUUUUGCUUGAAGAGUGAUGUCACUGCUCAUAGAAGAACUGCUGUAGAAAUCGCUGCAGUGUUCAGACAAAAAGUUCCGGACGCAUUUGCAAAAUAUUUCAGUACUUUAUCACAGACCAACCAGAAAUUGAUUGAAUUGAAGGUAUCUAAGAGCAGAUCUUCAAAACAUUGA